AUGGCCACCUCCACGAGGUACGCGCAGCCCGCGGAGGAGCACGACGAUGAGGGCGAGCUGCUGUACCCGCCCUUAUCCGCCGCCACGUACCAACGACCAGAAUCACGGCCAAGGGAGGAGGAGGUCAAGGCACAACCAAAACAAAUUGAACACCCGAUACCAUCCAUGCAACAGGCUUUUUCCGAGUCGUAUCUCGAGGCCACCUUGGAGGGGGCUUUGGAGAAGCCGAAGCUACGGACCAAGGAUGCCAAGGGCCGCAGGGAGGAGUUACUCGACCAGGACAAGUCGGACGGUGCCCCGAAUGCCAUGUGGCGCUUCCGUCCCGGGCAGACGUGCCACGAGUUGCGGAAGCUAAUGGCGCAGGUCUCGUUUGGUGUUUAUCUGCUCCUCAACGGGCUCGCAAAUAGCAACGCCCAGGUUGUGUCCAUCUUGCAAGGCCACAUUGACGAGAUCGACGAGUUUCUUGAGAUGACAAUGGAAGACAUCGAGCUGGCUAGCAAGGAUAUAAUGGAACGAAUCGAUUACCUCAAGCUUCCCAUGGACAACAUGACAGUCUUUUCCACAAUGCUAGAGGACCGCGCCUUCCGGCUCCAGAUCGUCGAGGGCAAUGCCAAGAUAGAACACAUACUCUCUCGCACGACGACAGCCCUAGUUCAGUCGGCACAGGAUCUCAGCGAGGGCUUAAAGUCGAGCAGGGAGUUUGCGGAGUAUUUGGAGUCGCAGGAAGGCGGGCCUUGGCAGCUGGGACAGAGUGCGGAUGUGGUUGACAUCUUCAAUGCAAUGCGGGGCAACACGGAAGGCUGGCUGAAGACCUUUGUCGAUUUGCAGUCCAAGACCAGUGAGCUGAACGCUCUUAUAGUGAAGCUUGAGAACAUGGUAUCUUUGAUAGAACGGACGGCGGGGAAGGUCAGCAGACGCACAAGAUUCAGUGUGCAGCCCUUCACAGCCCCAGAUCCCAGUCGUCCAAUAUCGCCCGAUUCUAUUGACAACACUACUCCGCAAGCGUCACCACCACGAAGCAGGGUUGCCGCGGCAGCCCCACGACUCACAUUGAGGUUCAGUCGAAUGCCGGAGGAACGACCUUCAGGUCCAACCUAUUUUGACCUUCCCGUGAGGACCAGCCUCUUUGGGGCUGCGACGGCGCCUCCAGCGCCUGAGAUCCCUGCGCGGGCAUCACGGGGCCAGAUGUUGAAGCCAGCUCCCCAUGGCCCUGACCGGUCAAGUUACCAGUCAGACUCGGAAUCGGAUUUUGACCUUGAUGAGAUGGCAGCACAGUUUGGAAACUCGCGGGCUUCACGUUGCGGCUCGGCAAGGCCAAGGCCAGAUUCCGAGAUUCAACCAAAUAUUGUUGGCGAUGGUAGAGAUGAUCGUUCUGAGUCGCCACCCCCGGUCCUUUUGCUACAGCCUAGGACUUACACUCCCGUCCCUCCUGCUCCCAUACCGUCACCGCGCGUCACGGAAGAACGAAAGAGCGGGUACACGUCUGCAGAUAAAUCUGCGACCAAAAGGCUCUCAGUCACCAAGUCUCUGGGAGACCUGAGGGCUUCGAGUUCUGGAGUCAGGUCGCCCCCAGCUGCUAUCAGGGCUGAGCCGAGACUGAUACAGAUUUCACCACCACGCACCGCAGUGGAGACUUCGCGCUCACCUCGCAUACCGCCUCCGUCGCUAGAAAGAGAGGAAGAAGGUGGCGGAAGCCCUCGAAAAGCGCAGCCCAACAAGAGAACAUCGCUGAGGGACCGGGUAUCACUCAAGACAACACCACCAGAGUCGAUACACGUGCCACCGCAUAACGCGCCGGAGCUCCAACAGCCCGUUUUUGCAUCGGCGCAUGAAUUCCAGAACUAUCAGACGUUCGUUGCACCGAGCCUGAACCAUGGUGCAGACCGAGCCAGUGGCCGCCUCGAGGGCAGACCAAGCAACCCGACCAUAAUAACAGACUUCUCCCCGCCAGUGUUCCCGGGCGUUAUUCCUUCACCACAUUCGGACCAGCAGUACUUCCGACCAGUGCAGGCAAGUCCACACUCGCCGCUCCAGCAGCGGCCGCACACGGCCGGCGGCCUCAACCCACAAUACCUUCAUCACCAGCGCAAUGUCCCAUCCGCCAUGGGCAUGAGUAUGUUAAGCAGCGUCUCGACGCUGAACCAGGAUUCUGCGAGCUCGCGAAGGUUGAAGAAGAAGAGGAGUGCGUUUGGCUGGCUCAAGAAGGCCUUCUCCCUGGAUGAGGAGGAGAGGUUGGCUUAUGAGGCCAAGAAGGCGCAGCAGACGCCGAACCCCUACUACGAUGCGCGCAGCCCCAAGUUUUUGGACGGCAAGCGGAUUAGGUGA